AUGGGGCUCCUGCUGGUCUUUCCCCUUAUUCAGUCCCAGAGUAGAACAGACCCUUCUCUCUGUAACAUAACUGCUGAGGUGCUAUUGAACUGCCUUCGUGACUGCCAGCCCUUGAGCUUGACCAAGGAGCCUGCUGACUGUCUCAAUGGGAUUGAAACUUUGCUGUGCUCAUGGCUAGAGGAGACUUCUGACACAGGUCAACACAUCCCACAUAAGCAAAAGGAAAAUGCAGCUGCUGCCCUGGUGGCUUUGGCAUGUGCCAGGGGAUCAUUGAAAACUUUUGUCCACACAGUGCAUCUGUUACAGAAACAGACUGAUCUAGGGUCCCUCCCUGUCGCUGAUGUACUAUAUAGGCUGUUGAUUUUGGAAGGAGGACCUGGAUCACCUUCCUGUUUGCUUGGUGGCAAGCACAUUGUUUCAUGGGGGUAUGAAGACAUGUUACCGGCACCAGAGAGCAACACGGGUUCCAAUUCUGAAAAUAAAGAUGCUGACCUGGGACGCUGUCUCACAGCAGAUGGCCUUUACCUGUAUACGACCAACUCUGUGGGAAGAGGAGUAAGCAAAUUGGGGUCUGGAUUGCAUGGCACUCUCAGAGGCUUUGUGUACUGUCGAAACGAGGAGCUGGAGCCGGGAUGGCUAGCAUUUGGCAGCGGCAGUCUUCUCCACCGGCCUGUGUCUUUUGAUAAUAAGCCUCACUUCCUUUUCCAGGUCAUUGACCAGAAUACUCUUCAGGUGGGUCAGGUGGUGUCCAUGCCAGCCAAUCACCUGCCCAUUGGCAGCACUAUGAGCACCGUGCACCUGUCUUCAGAUGGUACUUACUUCUAUUGGAUCUGGUCUCCGGCCAGUCUGAAUGAGAAAACUCCUAAGGGACAUUCUGUCUUCAUGGACAUUUUUGAACUUGUGAUUGAAGAUGGUGCCUUCGCAGCCUGCCCUCUUCAGGAGCGCACGAUUCUGACGAGGAAGGAGGGAGAAUCUGCAAAGAGCAUCAAUGAGAUGCUUCUGAGUAGACUCUCACGGUACCGGGCAUCCCCCUCCGCUACACUGGCCGCCCUAACGGGCUCCACCAUCUCCAACACGCUAAAAGAGGAUCAGGCAGCAAACACUAGCUGUGGGUUACCUCUAAAGAUGCUGCGGAAGACGCCCAUCUACACCUGUGGCACAUACUUGGUGAUGUUGGUCCCGCCUCCUGGGGGCUCAGGCAGCUCUGCCACCCGCUCUCUUUUUGGUGGAACGAGUGGUUUAUCAUCUUUAAAAAUCCUAGCCUCUAGCUUGGUGUAUAAUAUUUCGGACGGUCAGUUCACAAGCCGAGCUGAUCUCAUUGAUGCUGCGGGAAGCUCACUUGGACGUGGUGCUCUUGUACCAGGAUUGGGUGCCUGUUAUGAUACAGUGAACAACAUGCUGUGGACAUGCUCGAAUGACUAUAUUGAUCAGUGGUGUAACCCUGGGAAUCAAGCCUUCCAUUACGUUUGCCAGCGACUUGGCGUCAGCCACAUCAUCCAUGAGCCCAAAGAAGAGGCUAUAACCACAAAUGAGGUUAUAAACCAGUUACUGCACCAUGUUGGUGCGAUGUGCAUACACCAACUCAAUCUUCUUGCUACCAACCCCAAUCUUCCAAUCACAAGUGUCUUGGGCAAGCAACACCCGAUUGAAGCACACCAUCUUAGCAGUAUUUGUGACAUCAUGGAAAAGGCCAUGGUUCAUGGAGAUACCUGUAUUAUACGCUGCAUUCUUGUGGUAUUCCAGGUGGUAUUUAAAUUUUUCUUCAGCCCACAAACCGAGAGGAAUCGCGACAUCAUUCGACGGUCAGGGUUGCUGCUUUGGCAGUUGUUGAUGGCACCAAAAGAUCAAAUUUGCCCUGAAAUUCAGAAGGAGGUCUGCCUGGCUAUCAGCUCUGGUUUAAAUAUCUUGUACCCAGGCGAAAUGGAGAUCAAUAACUUGCUUAAGCUGGUCCUCACUGAAGGAGAGAGAAACAGCGGCCUCUCCCAGCUCCGGGAUGUGAUCCUGACCAACUUAGCGGAGCAGCUUCAGAAUAACAGAUUUGGAAGUGAUGAGGACGACCAUUACAGACUAAAUGAUGAACUUUUACACUACAUUCUGAAGAUUGUUGUUCGAGAAUCCUGUAUCUUAAUCACCAAGUGCCAAACUGUCUCUAAAGACGAUUUUCAAAAGCUCCUUUCAACUGUGCCUGCUGCCUCCUCCUGCCUGCGCUAUCUGAUGGCAGUUCAGAACCACCUUCUCAGUAACACUAUUUUGAUUAAACCCGAUGAGAAUGAUGACAGUGACAACUCCUUGCAGGGAGAGACAUUGAAGGUACAGGAGCUGAAGGUCAGUAUUUUGGCCCUUGCCACCCAAAUCCUGACUGGCUGUGAUGAAGUGCUGGAAAUGCUACAGCAGGUCACAACUGCCCUCAUCAAUAGUGACAUAGCAGACUGCGAGCAGAGGUUAAAAGGCUUGGAACAAGUUACUAAGGCCACGAUGCUUGGGCACCUUCUUCCAGUGUUACUGACGUCUCUGAUGCAUCCGAACUUACAGACUCUGACCAUGGCCGAUGCUCUGAUGCCUCAGCUGGUGCAGCUGGUGCUCUAUACCAGCCAGACGGCUUUGCUGCUUAAAACCCAGUCUCCGGUUUUUGCUGAGGUGGGCUAUUCCCCCUGUGGUGCAUCUGACCAGAAGGGCAGGCUGUUUCCUGAUGAGAGAAUGCUAGAAGAGAAAGAAGAACCAGGCUUUCUCACGGGCUUGAAGAUUCCUGCCCCCUGGGCUGCUGGGAAGACUGUGGAAACAGUGCACCCUGUGAGGGACAACUACAAAUUUAAGGAGACCGUCCAUAUCCCUGGAGCUCGCUGCCUGUAUCUCCGGUUUGAUAGCAGAUGUUCUUCGCAGUACGACUAUGACAAAUUGGUGAUAUACGCGGGGCCUAACACAAACAGUAGGAAGGUUGCUGAGUAUGGAGGCAACACACUGGGAUAUGGCAGCCGUAGUGUCUUAGGAACUGGCUGGCCGAAAGACUUGGUGAAGGUAUGUGCAUCUCUCCCCCCUUCCUUAAAUUUUAAGGUGGAAGGAGAUACAGUCACCUUCUCCUUUGAAAUGAGAAGUGGCCGUGAACACAACACUCCCGAUAAAGCUAUGUGGGGCUUUGCUUGCACAGUCCGCGCUCAGGAAUCUUCAGAGGAUGUCUCAGGAGGCUUGCCCUUUCUGGUAGACCUGGCUCUAGGUCUGUCAGUAUUAGCUUGUUCCAUGUUAAGAAUCCUGUACAAUGGACCAGAAAUCACCAAGGAAGAAGAAGCCUGUCAAGAGCUACUUCGGUCCAAACUUUUACAGAGGUGCCAGUGGCAGGUGGAGGCCAAUGGAGUGAUCUCCCCUGCUCUUACCCCAAGUCCCUCGCCACUGCCUCUGACCAUCGAAGAAGACCGCGAGUUCACCUACCCCUCGGACGUCCUCGUGCCUCCUGUGGGAAACUACUUUGACCUGCCUCGCAUCAGGCUGCCUCCCGGAAUCAUGAUAAAGCUCAGGGAGAUUUCUGGGCGUGCUAGACCUCAAUUCAGACCGAGUAUAAAGGAAGUGAUUCAGCCAGAUGUGAUGGAGGAAAUGGUGGUGUCGUGUGUUAUUAAACACUUAAACUUGGUUGAUGCACUGCAGUCCUUAAUAAAUUUCCAGUAUCAAGAAGAACACGCUGAAGAAUAUGAUUUAUUGUGUAAAAUUAUGGGAGAGACCUUUAAGAAACUCAAUGCCAUGGAGAGACAACUGCAAAGUGUUGCAGAAUUGGAACAGAAAUGGCAAAGUGAAGUUGAUGAUGCCCUACAUGGGAAGCUAGAGAACAACAUCCCUUUCUUUUAUGAUUACCAUUUUAACGAGAACAAAAUGAAAGAACUAGAACUUUUGUGUUCAAUGAAGGAAGUCUCCUUUGAUGGAAAUGAUCUUGAAAACAUGGUCCUAUCACUGAGGGAGAAGUUCCUUCAAGAAGUGAAUUCUCUUAUUCAGAAACCCUCACACCCACUGACUAAAACGAAGACGCUUGUGAAGAGUCUUAUGAAUAGAGCUGAGCUGCUGCUACACGUCACCAUCGCGGCCCAGUCAGGCCUCACCCGGAGCAUCUCAGGGACUCCUGCGGAGACUCCGGCUUGUAAAUCAGCAUCUGAGACAAAGGUGAUUUCGCAUGCCGUCCGGCAGCCUGUUUUCCUUCGCAGCAUGUCAGCUCCAUCUGACCUGGAAAUGAUUGGGAAUGAAGACUUGGAGUUUACUAGAGCGAGUCAGAGGCGGCGCCAUGUGACCAGCCAUCGCAGCAGCUCCUUUACCCUCCUGCAGUCAUUGGCCAUCGAGGACAGCAGGGACAAGCCCACCUACAGUGUCCUGCUGGGCCAGCUCUUUGCUUUCAUUGGCACCAACCCCGACCAGGCCGUGUCCAGCAGUAGCUUUCUCUUAGCUGCACAGACAAGGUGGCGCCGAGGAAACACUCGCAAACAAGCCCUGGUGCACAUGCGGGAGCUGCUGACGGCCGCCGUGCGUGUUGGAGGGGUGACACAUCUUGUGGGCCCAGUGACAAUGGUCCUUCAGGGAGGACCCAGAAUUGAAGAACUGACCUGUGGAGGUAUGGUGGAGCAUGUCCAGGAGGCCUUUGGCGAGACCAUGACAUCCGUGGUGUCUCUGUGUGCGCGUUACCCAAUUGCAUGUGCCAACAGUAUUGGGCUCUUGUGCACCAUACCUUACACAAGGAGUGAAGAGAAGUGCCUGGUCCGCAGUGGCCUUGUCCAGCUCAUGGACCGACUGUGUAGCUUGAGCAGUCAGACUGAGUCCAGCUCCAGUGAGAAGCAGACUAAGAAACAGAAGGUGGCCACCAUGGCCUGGGCAGCCUUCCAGGUGCUCGCCAACCGCUGUGUGGAGUGGGAAAAAGAAGAAGGAAGCUCCACUGAGGCCGUGCACUCGGGUCUGGCUCGUCAGGUGUCCAGCCUCCUCACUAACCAUCUUGCCCGAGCCACCGAGUGCUGUGGCAACCAGGCUGCUGGGAACGAUGCCCUCCAGGAUGUCCUGAGUCUGCUCAAUGACCUUUCCAGGAGUCACAUCGGUAAAGCCAUCCUGAGCCAGCCUGCAUGUGUGUCCAAGCUCCUCUCCCUGCUUCUAGACCAGCGCCCGUCUCCAAAGCUGGUCCUCAUCAUCCUUCAGCUGUGCCGGGCGGCGCUGCCACUCAUGAGCGUGGAAGACUGUGGCAACGUGGAACUCCCACCAUGGAGCUACUCCGUCCCCUCCUUGAAUAGCGAACAGGAGGAUCCCAGUGACCCAGCCUCCAAGAUUGCAUCGUUGCUCUUGGCAAAACUAGCUGAUUACGUGGUCCCAGGAUGUCAGACAGUUCUUUCUCCUACUGCUUCUGAACCAGACACCACAUUGACCAAAACCAGCCCCAAGAAUUCCUUAAAAGGAGAUAAAGAUCCUGGAGAAGAAAGUGAAGCAGUGGAUGGCAAGCUCUCCAUAUUUAUCCACAAGCGGGAAGACCAGUCAUCCCAUGAAGUUCUCCAGCCAUUGCUAAGUAGCUCAGAAGGACGGCCCUUUCGGCUGGGUACUGGUGCCAACAUGGAGAAAGUUGUGAAAAUGGAUCGUGACAUGACUAAGGGUGGCUGUUGUGAAGUGAUUACAGAAGAAGCAGUAGCUGCUCUGCGGAAGGCUACCAAGUGGGCACAGUCAGGCCUCAUUGUCAGUGUUGGGCCACCAGUUGAGUCUGUGAACCCUGAGACUGUGAGUGGACUGUCUACAGGGGACAAGAGGAAGACCGCCCAAACUUCCAUUUGCCGAGAGAGGAACUCCGAGCUUGCCAGGACAGAUCCUGUGCGCCCUUUCAUCAGUGGGCACGUGGCCAACAGCAUGGCUGCCGAAGUGAUUGCCUUGCUCCACAGCUUAUUGAUGGCCCCGGAGUCAAACGCUGCCCAAAUAUGGACCACGACGGCAGAAAAGGUCCUGUCUCGUGCACUGAUGUACAUCCCACAGCUGGGGAAGUAUGCAGAGAGCAUUCUGGAAAAUGGCAGCAGCAGUGGCAGAAAACUUGCCAAGUUGCAGAGAAUUGCCCGGCAGGCUGUGGCUGCACUGUGUGCACUGGGAGGCUUCAAAGAGACCAUCAAGAUAGGGUCAGAGGUUCAGGUUUUAGGGAGAGGAAUAGCAGGAAGCGUUGGAGUGGUGGCUUCUAUCAAUGAACAGGAAGGUAUAGCUACAGUCAGAUUCCCACCUGUAGACUGUAGAAAGACUUCGCAAGCAUCAGACACACUGACUAUUCCAUUGUCUAGACUUUGUGUUCCAAGAUCAGAGGCUCUCCCUCUUCAUAAACUGUCCAUCACUGAGAAGGUGGUCCAGGCCGUCCAGUCCAUGUUGCUUCCUCAGGAGGGAAGUCUCUCCAUUCAUACCUCACUUCCUGCAACAGGAGAUGGCUCGGCUCCUGUGAUGGCAGUUGUUCGGCUCCUGGCUGAAAUAAGAACCAGAGCAUGCCUGGUCAUGGCCCAGCUUCUGGAAGACAGCUUAUUUUGUGAAGAAUUCAUCCAGCAGUGUCCAGCAGCUGUUGAAGUCCUUAACCUCGUAGCCCAGGAAUGCAGUGCUGGAGAGCGGCUUGCGGUUGUGGAAGUACAGUGUGAGCGGCUGAGGAUGCUCUACCGGGACUGUGCUCGGCCCCCACCUCCUCCACUGCAGGCUGACCGGAGACAGCCCAAAGAGAUAACUUGGAGCCCCUCCCGAGUGUUCCCGCCAGUUCGAGCCUGCAUGUUCUCCUCUCACCUUACUUCCGUUACCUUCCUGGCUGACCCCAGUGCUGGGGGAGGCCUGCCCCGGGGCACCUUCAUCUAUGCCACUUCACCACUGCCAGUUCAGGCCCCAUCUUUUUACUGGGAAAUUGAAAUUGUUUCCUACGGAGAUACCGAUGAUGACACUGGACCAAUUGUUUCCUUUGGCUUUGCUACAGAAGCAGAGAAACGAGAUGGGGCUUGGACUAACCCAGUGGGCACUUGUCUUUUCCAUAACAAUGGCCGAGCUGUGCACUACAACGGCUCCAGCUUGCUCCAGUGGAAAAGCGUACGUUUAGACGUGACUCUCUCUCCUGGUGAUGUGGCGGGAAUUGGCUGGGAGAGGACUGAGGGGACGCCACCUCCUCCUGGACAGCCAGCCAAGGGUCGAGUGUACUUCACGUACUGUGGACAGCGCCUAUCUCCUUACCUUGAAGACGUCUCUGGGGGAAUGUGGCCUGUGGUUCACAUUCAAAAAAAGAAUACCAAAACGCGGGCUAACUUUGGCUCCCGACCUUUUGCCUAUGCGGAAGGACAGGCCCACCGCAAUGCUGCCGACUUGUGCACUGACCUGGCAGAAGAGAUCAGCGCCAACUUCGAGGCCCUACCCUUCGCCAUGGCCUCUGACAGUGACAAUGAUGCUGGCACCAGCAUCGCGUCAGACCCGGGCACUCACGGGCCACCAUGCCGGAUCGCCGCUGUGGCAACUGCUCAGCAGCAAUACGACAGUGACACUUCCUGUCAUUAUAAAGUAGAACUCAGUUAUGAGAACUUCAUCACCUCUGGGCCAGACCCCCACCCGCUUCCCAUUGCAGAUGAUGAAAGUGAUGAUGAUGAUGACGACGACAUCCCACAGGAAGACCACUAUGCCCUGCUCGUGAAGGCGUGGGAGACCAAAGUUUUUCCUACUAUCCGAAGACGCUUCCGCAAUGAAGCUGAGCGAAAGUCAGGCCUGGACCAGAUAAAGGGUGCCUUGCAGCUAGGCAUGGUGGAUAUCGCCAGACAGACUGUUGAGUUUCUCUACGAGGAGAAUGGUGGCAUCCCCAGAGACCUUUACCUUCCCACCAUUGAGGACAUCAAAGACGAAGCAAACAAGUUCACGGUUGACAAAGUUCGGAAAGGUCUCACGGUAGUGACCCGCUCUCCAGACAGCAAUAACGUAGCCAGCAGUACAGUUGGAACCGCUCUGCCGAAAUUUGCCAUCCGAGGGAUGCUGAAAACCUUCGGGCUUCAUGGAGUUGUCUUAGAUGUUGAUUCAGUAAAUGAAUUAGUGCAGGUGGAAACAUACCUCCGCAGUGAAGGAGUGCUAGUCCGAUACUGGUACCCUAUCGAUAUGUUGGAAAGGCCCCCUGCAGGCUACCGUAGGACUGCCACCAAUGGCCUCGUCACAUUGGACAAUACCAACCUUCAAAUCCACAGAGAGCUGCUGCGAUGUGAGGCCGCACUGGCGAGGCUCUACUGCCGCAUGGCCUUGCUCAACAUCUUUGCCCCCAAGCUGCCUCACUUGUUCACCCGCCUCUUCCACAUUCCUGCCAUCCGGGAUAUCACCUUGGAGCACCUUCAGUUGCUGUCCAAUCAGCUUCUUGCUCCUCCCCUCCCAGAUGGCACCAUCAGCUCCAGCUCCAUCCUCCUGGCACAGUCUCUGCAGCACCGCAUCCAUGCCCAGAACUGCUCGGCCACAGAUCUCUUCUACCAGGGCAACUCCCAGACCCUGCGUGAGUGGCUCAGCGUGGCCAUCACACGCACCCUGCAUCAGGGUGAGGACAGCCUGCUAGAGCUCACCAAGCAGGUCUGCGCCUUCCUGCAGACAGCUCCGGAGCAGUUCCCCUCGGAAGAAUUCCCAAUUUCUGAGUCCAAAGUCAACAUGGAUGUUAAUUUCCCCGGGGCAGCUUUUGUCGUGGUAUCUUGUAAAGAAAGCCAGUCUGGAUUCCGCAAAGACUCCUCCCUGUACAAGGCGCCGUGGGCACGCGUGCUGGUGUAUGGACUGGGCCACAAAGUCAAGCGUAACGGUCAGCUGAACCUCAUCGAGGCCGUCUGCUACCCGCGGGAUGCAUCUCCAGCCAACACUGGGCUCACGCCGCCCCCCACCACCAAUCAGUAUCCUUCUGUGAUCCUCUCCACGGACAAGGUCCACAUCAAACUGGGGGUUUCUCCACCUCCUGGAGCUGUGCUGGUGCUGCACUCUCUGCCCCUGGAGUUCCCACUGGCCAUGGCCUUUGCUGAGCAGCUGCUGUCCUGGAGAGCAGAGGACGGUGAAGGGAAGUCUGAAGAUGAGCCUGACAGUAUCCCUACGUCUGUCCUCCUGCACGUAGUAGAGCUGCUAGGAAACUUCCUGUGGACCACAGACAUGGCUGCCUGCGUGAAGGAGCAGGUAUUCCACCUGCUGGCAGAGCUGCUGCGAACGGUGCACGCCCUGGAGCAGCGGAAGCAUCCUGCCAGCCUCUGCCCCUCCAUCGCCCUCCAGCUCAACCCCUGCCUGGCCAUGCUGAUGGCCCUGCAGUCGGAGCUGCACAAGCUCUAUGAUGAGGAGGCCCAGGGCUGGGUCUCAGGCGGCACCUGCACCAGCGCAGGGCCAGCAGUGGCUGCCGACCAGGGCAGGUUCUCCACCUACUUCCAUGCGCUGAUGGAGGGCUGCCUGGCAAUCGCUGAAGUCACUCUUCCUACCAACAUGAGUGUCACGGCCAGCGGGGUGACCACCACCCCCGCCCCGAACCUCAGUGACUCCUCCUCCUCGUCGUCUUCCUCUCCAGGACAGACGCCCCAGAGCCCCAGCCUUCUGUCCAAAAGGAAGAAGGUCAAGAUGAAACGAGAGAAAGCCGCCUCUUCCGGGAAACGUGUGGCCCCGCGCACUGCGGAGUCAGACCCUGCCCUGCUUAGCAUCGGGGGUGGCAAGCCUGAGGACAUGCUCUGGUUUCACCGGGCCCUCACCCUGCUCAUCAUCCUCCGGCACCUCACCAACAAAGACCCGCAGGGGCUGGGUGUGACGAGCGAUGCUAUCACAGAUGCCUGCCAGGCCCUGGUCGGCCCGACGGCCCACAGCCGCCUGCUGGUCAUCUCUGGAAUCCCCACCCACCUGGACGAGGGCAUUGUCAGGGGUGCCAUCCGGAAGGCCUGCAAUGCCCAUGGCGGGGUCUUCAAAGAUGAGAUCUACAUCCCACUGCAGGAAGAAGACCCCAAGAAGCCGAAGGACAAGGCAGAGGGUGGUGACAGGAAAGGCGAGCAAGAGAAGGCACUCAGCUUCCCUGGCCCAGAUAGCCUGGAGGUCAGCACGUCCAGCAGCCUGACCCCCGCCAUGAGCAUCAGCACGUCCGCCUCCACCAGCCAGGCCUCCAUCUGCAGCUCCCAGGGCAUCUCACAGACGGUCAGUGACCUGUCUGUGGACCCACUGCCCUCAGGUCUCGAGCUGCCCAUCCCACCAGGCCUGCUGGAACCCCACGUGGUGUCCAGCCAGGAGAGCCUCGACAUCUCCCUGUGCAGCACGGGCAGCCUCGGGAGCCUGGGCAGCCUCGGGGAACCCCUGGACAAUGCCGAGACAGCCUCAGUGUCUGACGUGGGCUCCAUGUACACGGUCACAUCCCUGGACAACCAGCCCCUCGCCGCACGGCCCAUCAAAGGCUUCGCAGUUGUGGAGAUAAGAUCCCGAGCCAAAAUCGAGAAAAUUCGAGCCAGUUUAUUCAACAAUAAUGAUCUGAUUGGUUUGUCAAGUUUGGAUGGUGAAGAUGAAUUGAUGGAAAUGUCAACAGAGGAGAUUUUAACUGUGUCUGUAGUCAAUCAAAGUCUAUUUGAUACGCAAGGCAGCCCAGGGUUAGAAGAUUAUUUCAAUGAUAAGUCAAUUAAAGGUGAGAAGCUGGUGCCUGGGGCCCGAGAGGUGCUGACAGAAAUCUUCAAGAGCUGUGCCCACUCCGAGCAGAUGCUGAGCCUAACACCAGCAAAGCCCAUCAAAGUGUCAGACAUUUACCUCAGCAAAGAGCAGAUCAACUCCCAGACACCAGGGAACCUCCUCCACCUCUUCUUCACCAACGUCCGGCCGCCCAAGAAGGUGCUUGAAGAUCAGCUCACCCAGAUCCUGAGGAAGUACGGUGUGCCAAAGCCCAAGUUUGACAAAAGCAAGUACAGCAAAGCCGGCAAGGAGCAGCACCCCAUGAAGGUGGUGAGCACCAAGCGGCCCGUCUCCAAGCCACCUGCCAAGGACAAGGCCGUGCUCAACAGCGUCAGCAGGACCGCCUUGAGUGAGAAGAAGCCAACCGUGAAGCCCAAGUCCCCAGAAAAGAGUAAACCUGAUGAAAAGGACCCAGAGAAGUCACCCACCAAGAAGCCAGAAGUCCCCGAGGAAAAAUACCUGACCUUGGAAGGAUUUCAGAAGUUUGUUAUUGACCGAGCCAAGCAAGAUAUCCGCAGCAUCUGGAGGGCGAUUUUAUCCUGUGGUUACGACCUUCAUUUUGAGAGGUGUGCCUGCAUUGACGUCCGGCAUGCUCAAAAGGCCUCGAGGAAGUGGACCCUAGAGAUGGACGUGGCACUAGUGCAGUACAUCAACCGGCUGUGCCGCCACCUUGCCAUCACACCUGCACGCCUUCAUCCCCAUGAGGUGUACCUGGACCCUGCAGACACGGCUGACCCCAGAGUGGCCUGUCUCUUGAAUGUGCCCAUUGAGAGCCUGCGUCUGCGCUUCGCCCUGCUGCAGUCCCUGAACACCACACUGGAGACUUUCUUCCUACCGCUGGUGGAGCUGCGCCAGACACAUGUGUACGCUCACAGCAUUGCAGCCCUGCUGAAGGAGGCCAAAGGACUGAUAUUUUAUGACACAAAGGUGACCGUGAUGAACCGGGUGCUCAACGCUACCGUGCAGAGGACAGCUGAUCACGCGGCGCCCGAGAUCACCUUGGACCCCUUGGAAAUUGUGGGAGGGGAAAUCCGGGCAUCCGAAAACUCCUACUUCUGCCAGGCUGCCAGGCAGCUGGCCUCAGUGCCCUCGUCUCAGCUGUGUGUCAAGCUGGCCAGCGGCGGUGACCCCACGUACGCCUUCAACAUCCGCUUCAUUGGGGAGGAGGUCCACGGCACCAGUGGCUCCUUCCGGCACUUCCUGUGGCAGGUGUGCAAGGAGCUGCAGAGUUCGGCGCUAUCACUACUCCUGUUGUGCCCCAGCUCAGCUGUCAACAAGAACAAGGGCAAGUACAUCCUCACCCCGAGCCCCAUCACCUACUCAGAGGAGCAGCUGCUGCACUUCCUGGGACAACUGCUGGGCAUUGCUAUUCGAGCAGACGUCCCACUUCCCCUGGACCUCCUGCCCUCCUUCUGGAAGACAUUGGUGGGAGAGCCCCUGGACCCUGACCUGGACCUGAAAGAAGCAGACAUUCUUACCUAUAAUUAUGUCAAGAAAUUCGAGAGUAUCAACGAUGAGACAGAGCUGGAGGCUCUAUGUGCGGAGAUUGCCUCCCAGCACCUGGCCUCGGAGAGCCCCGAGGGCCCCUGCCGGCCCUGCUGCAGGUUCACCUACCCGAGCAUGACAGGCGAGGAAGUGGAGCUGUGCAGCCGUGGCCGGCACAUUCCCGUGGCGUGGGAGAACAAGGACAUCUAUGCAGCUGCCAUCCGGAGCCUGCGGCUUCGCGAGCUGCAGAACGUGGAGUGCAUGACGGCUGUGCGGGCCGGCCUAGGCUCCAUCAUCCCACUGCAGCUGCUCACCACACUGAGCCCACUGGAGAUGGAGCUGCGCACCUGCGGGCUCCCCUACAUCAACCUCGAGUUUCUCAAGGCCCACACCAUGUACCAGGUGGGCCUGAUGGAAACAGACCAGCACAUUGAGUUCUUCUGGGGUGCGCUGGAGACGUUCGCCCAGGAAGAGCUAUGCAAGUUCAUCAAGUUCGCCUGCAAUCAGGAGCGCAUUCCGUUCACCUGCCCCUGCAAGGACGGGGGCCCCGACACGGCCCAUGUGCCCCCAUACCCCAUGAAGAUCGCGCCACCAGACGGCACAGCAGGCUCCCCAGACUCUCGCUACAUCCGCGUGGAGACCUGCAUGUUCAUGAUCAAACUGCCCCAGUACUCCUCACUGGAGAUCAUGCUGGAGAAGCUGCGCUGUGCCAUUCACUACCGGGAAGACCCCCUAAGUGGCUGA